AUGCCACGGUCGAGGGGACAUUCAGCAGCGGCGGCAAGCGCUGUCGUGUCCAAAGUGUUCCCCUUGAUCCUGUCUUGCUCUGCCUGCUUGGCAUACAUAGACUUCGUUGCCGGCAAAAGCUUGCUCCCCAGGGUAGCCGGUGCGAACCGCCAGAGAUGA